UCUAUUACUUUGUACGAUUAAUGAUCAUAUUGUGCAUCGAAAAUACACAUAUAUAAUAAAUUAGUUGAAAAAACACACAACAAAAAAAAAUUUUCUCCCUUCCCGCGUGGGGCUGCAGUUAAACUAACUGAGUUGUGAGUCGGACUCGGAAGGGGAAGGUGGCCGUACACCUGCGUAUGUAUGAAACGCUGAUUCCUUUCCUCUCUUUAAAAACCCUAACAAGUCUCCGUUUCUUCAUUUCUUCCUGUCUCGUCCUCGCAUUUUCCUCUUCUCUCUCUCUUCUCGUUCGUUUGUUCGAUUCCCGGUAAUUUUUACCGUCGGGAGGCAGAACAAGCAACUGCAUCGCCGCCAUGAAGGUAAUAGACAAGAUCCGGUCGACUGUCGGUGAGGCCAAUGGCGGAGCGGAGAACGGCGGGAACCACCACAACAACAACGUCGCGUUCUCCUUCGAAUUCUUCCCGCCGAGGGCGGAAGGCAUGGCGAAGGUCCUCGAGCUGAUAGAGCGCAUGGUGGCGUACAGCCCGACCUUCUGCGACAUCACCUGGCGAGCCUCCUCCGGCGACGUCUCGCUCGACAUCGCCAACAGGAUGCAGAACUCCAUCGGGAUCGAGACCAUGAUGCACCUCACCUGCGCCGAAAUGCCGGUGGAGGAAAUCGACCGCGCGCUCGACACCAUCAAAUCCGGCGGCGUCCAGAACGUUCUCGCCCUCCGCGGUGAUCCCCCGAUCGGCCAGGACAAGUUCGUCCAGAUCCAGGACGGAUACUCCAGCGCUCUCGACCUGGUGAAGCACAUGAGGUCCAAGUAUGGGGAUUACUUCGGCAUUACUGUUGCUGGUUAUCCAGAGGCUCACCCGGAUGUGAUCGGAGAUGAUGGUGUAGCCACGCCGGAAGAUUACCAGAAAGAUCUUGCUUAUUUGAAGCAGAAGGUUGACGCUGGAGCAGAUCUGAUCAUCACUCAGCUGUUCUACGAUACCGAUAUCUUUCUCAAAUUCGUCGAUGACUGCCGCCAAAUUGGAAUCACUUGCCCAAUUGUGCCUGGCAUUUUGACUAUUACCAACUAUAGGUCAUUCCGCAAAAUGACUGGAUUAUGCAAAACCAAGAUCCCAGCUGAUAUUCUUGCUGCACUGGAGCCCAUUAAAGACAACAAUGAAGCUGUGAAAGCAUACGGAAUUCAUCUCGGGACAGAGAUGUGCAAGAAGAUUAUGGCUCAUGGGAUUAGGACGCUGCAUCUCUACACAAUGAAUCGGGAUGAAUCAGCUUUGGCCAUACUGAAGAAUCUCGGCGUGAUCGAAGUGUCCAAGAUUCCGGCUCCAUUGAAGCAGCAGGAGCAGAAGGCAAUACAAGAAGAAGUAACAAAGAAAGAAGUUGCUGCUAAAGCUGGUUAACUGAUCAUAUACUAUGUACCAAAUUGAUCCAGGUAUUGAAGUUUCAAGAGUUGUUUCGUAUCCCGUCAAUUCAUUUGGUGCUGCGCACCGUUUUUUACUCUAUUAGAGCAUUAUUCUUUAGUAAGGCUAAGCUAAGCUAAGUCAUUAUAAGUUAUGUAUAACCAAUUGAAUCAAAAUGAAAACCAUAGUUAGCCACAUGUUAGGCUAUUAAGGUUGUAAUAAUCCCUAUUUCUAGUUACAGCUUGCUGUUUGAGUGUUUGUUUAGGAGGCCCAAGGUUAAAGCCCAAGAGGCAUUGGGCCUUCUUCCCUGCUUCUAUCUUCUUAAAUUGAAAUGGGCCCUCUUUCCUGUUUCAGAAAUAAAAUUGUAUGUGUCAAUUACUAUUUUAUUAAAUGGCAAAAAAAAAAAACUAUUUUAUUAUUACUGUUUACCGCUGUUUUUACCAUAUAUGAUGUCAUCAGUUACAGUUUUACUCUUUACACGUUGAAUCAUUGCGCUUAGGAAUAAUUUUAACUAGCGAGGGUCAAAGGGUGUGCGGCAAAGUUCGGUACGUGAGUGAACCAAGGAAUUGGAAUUCUGCAGGGUUGUUGAGGGAGUGUAAUUUCUUUUGGGUUGGUGGUGUGGGCCUGCUUAACCAACCCCCGAGCACCCACUAUAGUCGCCACCAGUCCUCCACCUCGCCACUUGGGCGUUGGUGGCGAUCAGUUUUUUUUUUUUUUACAAAAAAUAAUUUUCAUUGAUUGAAACAAAAGAUAGUUACACCCUGGAAUACAGUUAGAUCUGGGAAUCGAAGAAACGACUCGCAGUCAGGUACAAAGAGAGGGCUUUUCGAGCCACCAAAUGAGCUAUUAGGCCAACCUCAGGUCUGGGAAUCGAAGAAACGACUCGCAAUCAGGUACAAAGAGAGGGCUUUUCGAGCCACCAAAUGAGCUACCAUAUUAUUAGGCCGACCUACAAAUCGAGCACUAAACCCUGAGCGAAUAGCAAAGUGAUGAACAACUUCAGUAAGAAUAGCACCAAUCCGACUAUCACUAGUAUCCGCAUAGUUGAUUUUAUCAAUGAUAACCUUAGCAUCGCCAUCAAAACACACCUCCGUAAUACCCCAAUUCAGGCACCACAUUAUAGUUUCCAAAAGCACCAACACUUCCACUACCAUGUGGUCAUUAAUACCCGGGAACUGAAAACCCAGCGGCCAUAAGGACCACCCUAGCUGGGGUCAUAAUAACAAUCCCGCCUCCUUCCUCGGUGAUACGUUAGUGGACACGAUUUAAAGGAAAUCCCGCCAAGAAUAAAUCUGACUCAUAAUUUUACAUUGUUACUUUUGAGGGUUUGCAUGAUUAGGGAGUGAAUUUGUUUCCCUUCUAUUUUCCUCAAAUCGUUGAGGAAGCAUUCAUGUGUAGUUUUUAAUGGUUAAAAGUAGAAACUUCUGAACGCUUUUGUUUGCCUAAAACAGAAGAUUAUUAUCAAACCAAAAUCCCCUCCGAAAAUUUGUCCAAAUCGACGAUUAAUAGACUUUAUUAUCGGUGAAGAAAAUUCUCAGAGCGAA